UUCUCCACCCUGAAGAUGCAUGGGAUCGAAUACAACAGGGACCGCCAGAUAGCGGUAGCGAACACUGUGCUGAUAAAGCCAACACUUCCCGAUUGCCUGUGAUUAAGAAAACUUCAAUGCAGUUGACGACUCGAGACAGCCCUUCUGAUGUCCAUGUUAAACCUAAAAUUAAGGAUCAAGGAAGAAGCGCCAGUGUUCAUCUCAGUAAGUCCUGUACAUCAGAUAGUGAGAAAGCCGAAAACCUGGCAGGAGCUGAAAAGAGUACAAAAGGAAGAACGAAAUUGUCUAGGACAUUGAGUCAAAGAAAUGACCAAGACGAUAGGUCUGUGGUUUUAGGAGACUGUAAAGUUUCAUCAACUAGUAUUUCCAGUCCUGACCAGACCCCAGAAAAUGAAAUCCCCAUUAUGACCAUUGGACCCAUAGGAAUCAAAAGAGGGGCUGGGCAGGUGUUUCCACCAAAAACAAAGCUAGAUGGAGUAGAGACACUAGGAGAAAUAAAACUGGGAUUUUUGUUGACCAAGGGUCAGUUAGAAGUAGAAGUCUUCUGUGCUUGCCAGCUGCCACCUUCAUCCUUAGGUCAACCACCAGAUACGUACAUCAAAACCUAUCUCAAGGAAGGAGAAAAACAGUUGCAGAAACGUAAAACUCGAGUUGUACGCAGUACUUCAAGUCCACAGUAUCGCCAAACAUUAAAAUAUAGUAUGUCAGAUAUUCAGGGCCGCCAUCUAUUGGUUAUGGUAUGGGAACGACAAAAAGGCUUUGAUCACAACCACCCUAUGGGAGCUGUAGAAAUUGAACUUGGUCGGCUGGAUCUAUCUAAGUCGAUGACCUGUUGGUAUCCUCUUUACCCUCUUCCCAGCCAAGAGCCAGAUUCUUGUGUGUCUCCAUAA